AGCUGAAGAACAGCACGACUCGAGCAGAGACAUUCUUCAGCGGAGACUCGAGCGAAACCGGAAAAAAGCAGGAAAAACAGGAAAAAAAGCGUAUUAGAAUUAUUACAGGAUACAUUUUGAGGAUUUUCCUAUACACCGGGAAUCCAGCUAGCACACAAAAAAUAGGUAUUUGAUUUAUAGUCAGAAUAUUGACAGCAGGCACUUUUUUUUUUAGCUUCAUUUAUAUUUAGUUGUAAUUAUUUAUUUUAAUAAACAAUAAAGGACCAAGGAGAAAAAGUCCCACCUUCAGACGACUGAACAAGUUUUGACAAGCAACAAUGGAAGAGGAAAAGAAAAAAAUGACCUUCCAGCUAUUGCUGUCUGUUUUAACAGCUGUGAUUGGCUCUCUUCAGUUUGGUUAUAACACAGGAGUCAUCAACGCACCUCAGAAGAUUAUCCAGAGCUUCUACAAUGAGACAUGGUUUGACCGAUAUAGUGAGCCCAUACCUGAAUCCGCCCUAACAUCCCUGUGGUCUAUCUCAGUGGCCAUCUUCUCUGUGGGUGGGAUCUUUGGCUCGUUCUCUGUUGGUCUUUUUGUCAACCGCUUUGGAAGGAGAAACUCAAUGCUCUUUGUCAACGUGCUAGCCUUCGUCUCAGCAGCACUGAUGGGCUUCUCGAAAAUGGCAGCCUCGUGGGAGAUGCUGAUCAUUGGCCGCUUUGUGGUCGGGCUUUACUCUGGCCUUUCCACUGGGUUUGUACCCAUGUAUGUGGGUGAAGUGUCGCCCACGUCCCUCCGAGGAGCCAUGGGAACUCUGCAUCAGCUGGGCAUUGUUAUAGGCAUCCUUAUAGCGCAGGUGUUUGGCCUGGAUAUGAUUUUGGGCAACGCUGAACUGUGGCCCUUCCUGCUGAGCUUUACCUUCAUCCCAGCAUUGCUGCAGUGUGUCAUGUUACCCUUCUGCCCCGAGAGUCCUCGCUAUCUCCUCAUCAUCCGCAAUGAAGAGAACAAAGCCAAAUCAGCGUUGAAAAAGCUGCGUGGAACGACGGAUGUGAGCGCAGACAUGCAGGAGAUGAAGGAGGAGAGCAGGCAAAUGAUGAGGGAGAAGAAGGUGAACAUCCUAGAGCUGCUGACUUCGCCACUUUACCGCCAACCUUUGGUCAUCGCCGUCGUACUGCAGCUGUCACAGCAACUGUCUGGCAUCAACGCUGUCUUCUACUUUUCCACGAGCAUCUUUGAGACAGCUGGUGUGAAGCAGCCUGUGUACGCCACUAUCGGAGCGGGAGUCGUCAACACGGCUUUCACUGUGGUGUCGCUGUUUCUAGUGGAGAGAGCUGGCCGCAGGUCGCUGCACCUAACAGGGCUGAUGGGUAUGGCUGUGUCUGCAGUUCUGAUGACUAUUGCCCAGGCAUUGCAGGUCCAGGUCCCGUGGAUGUCAUACAUGAGCAUCAUUGCUAUUUUUGCCUUUGUGGCAUUCUUUGAAAUUGGACCAGGCCCUAUCCCUUGGUUCAUCGUAGCUGAGCUGUUCAGUCAAGGCCCCCGACCUUCUGCUUUUGCCGUAGCUGGUUUCUGCAACUGGACAGCCAACUUCAUAGUGGGAAUGUGCUUUCAGUAUGUGGCGAACCUUUGUGGUGCAUACGUUUUUAUCAUCUUUACUGUCCUGUUGCUCAUAUUCUUCGUCUUCACCUACUUCAAAGUCCCGGAGACAAAAGGCCGAACAUUUGAUGAGAUCUCCGCUGGUUUCCAACAUACUGCUCCAGGCAUAGAGAAAGCAUCACCUGAGGAGAUGAACAGCCUGGGUGCAGAUUCCGAGCUUUAAACCCCACCUCAUUUUAUUUCCUCACACUCCUUCACACAACUACUGAGAGAGGAACAUGCUGGCUGGAAAAUCCAUUUCUCUCUCUGCGAAAACCAGACUGUUCUUCCUUUUUUUUGAGCAUAUGUACAUAUGUGGCGAGAGGUGGGAAUGCUGUAUUUAGAGAUUUUCAAAAUUGUUUUAUAUAUGUACAUGAGAAAACAUUUAACUUUUUUAACCUUUGUAUCUGUUACCUUGUCUCAGACAAAAUUAUUUUUAUAUCAAUCAUUCCUGUUGUCCACCAGCAUACCUUUAUGGCCUAAAAAAAUGCGGCUUUGAUCGACAUACCGAAUUCCACAGAACUAGCUUUAGGAUCGGGCCUUUUUUAACCAAAGCGAUGUGAAGCUGUUGAGUGAAUGUUGUAUUAGCUAGGGGCAGGAACAUAUAGAGGGAUACUUUGAAUCAGUUGUUGUGUACUGAGGUCCUCAUGGUUUCUCCUUUUAUAGACUUCCUUUCCCAGUCAUUUGUGUAAUAUCAAACAGAGAUCCUAUUUAUUUUACAAAUGAUUUUACAUAUUGUCUGUAAGCAUGAUUUUAAGAAGGUCCAGGAGAAUUAUCCUGAGCUCUGUUUACUGUCUCUAUUGUCGAGUUUCCUCCUACCCCUAAAAUCACCUGGCCCUUAUAUUUAUCUGUGUGGGUGUGUCUGUGUGUGUGCAUGUCUGUUUUUGGCUUCGGAUGCACCACAUCUCCUUAAUUAGAGAAACGGUUAUAUACAAAAGUCUGAUGUGUUUUAAAACUAUGAAUGUAUUUACAUUUGUAUGUGUUCUUUGAUUUGCUAACUUCAGAAACAAAAGUUGCACUGACAUUGAAAAUAUUUCUAAAUGACUAAAAAUGAUCCUAAUCACAGAUUACAUGUCUUUUUUUUUUAAUUAAUUAAAAUUCCACAUGACUGUAUAUCAUUCA